AAGUGACGCUACAGAGGAUGAUACGCUCUGGGAAUGUUGAUAUUUUCCAGUGAGUGUGAGUGAGUUCCGGACGGACUCCUUGAGAACACGAGUUGUAUUGAUCGCCAGGCCGACUACUCUGGUUAUUCAUAGUACCGAUACCUGUGGGUUAGAACCUCGGGGAAAGUAAAGAACAGAACGCGACCGACGAAAAAAGCUAGGAUCACCGCUGCAGACUUUGAAAUUUGAGACUGAGGACACGAGAGAGCAAGCGCUCGCCCCUGAUUGGCUCGUGGGUGUUGUCAAGGCUUUACGCAGCUUCUUCAAUUGGCUGGUGUCUGCAGUUGUGACCGCCGCGACAAUUUUGCCCACGUACUUCCGAACAAGAGGCAGGGUUGUGUCCUGCUGCGCGUGCGCACAGCCCGGGAGGCCCCACCCGGUAGUUCAAGAACCUGUGAAGGGGCGGGGCGAAGAGGUGCUUGUUUUGGUUGUGUUUCCUUUGAAGCCGAUCCCGGAACAAGGUAGCAAUAAGCUUGGCUGGACUUGGAGGGAGAAAAGACUACGACAGAUUCGUCUUUGAACCAUCCUAUUGGACCUCACAUCCGGGAUCUCCUCCGGGUGUGACCUGCGUACUGCCUACAGUUUUCGAACCGGUGUCCCGAGCUCUUUAUCCAGGCCUCGCUGUUCCCAUCGUGCUUCGCGCACAACAGUAGCCCCCUCAUCCGGGUUCUCUCCCGGCGUUCUCAGCGUCUGGUUUGCUGUGGGGUACUUGGCGGUGCGGCCAUGACUAUUCUCCCCAAAAAGAAGCCGCCACCUCCCGACGCCGACCCGGCCAACGAACCGCCGCCGCCCGGGCCGUUGCCCCCAGCGCCUCGGCGCGGCGGGGGUGUGGGCGUGGGCGGCGGCGGCACGGGCGUGGGUGGAGGAGAGCGCGACCGUGACUCCGGCGUCGUGGGGGCUCGUCCCCGGGCUUCACCACCACCCCAGGGCCCGCUACCGGGGCCGCCCGGUGCUCUUCAUCGUUGGGCACUAGCCGUGCCUCCUGGCGCAGUGGCGGGCCCUCGGCCACAGCAGGCUUCUCCACCUCCUUGUGGGGGCCCUGGUGGCCCCGGCGGCGGUCCUGGCGACACUCUUGGUGCGGCAACUGCGGGGGUGGGCGCGGCAGGGGUGGUGGUGGGCGUGGGUGGUACCGUGGGCGUGGGCGGCUGCUGCUCGGGGCCGGGGCACAGCAAGCGGCGGCGUCAAGCUCCCGGCGUUGGCGCAGUUGGCGGGGGCAGUCCGGAACGUGAAGAGGUCGGAGCAGGCUACAACAGUGAAGACGAAUACGAAGCUGCUGCGGCACGCAUCGAGGCCAUGGAUCCUGCCACUGUCGAGCAGCAGGAACACUGGUUUGAAAAGGCCUUACGGGACAAGAAAGGCUUCAUCAUCAAGCAAAUGAAGGAGGAUGGUGCCUGUCUAUUCCGGGCUGUAGCUGACCAGGUGUAUGGAGACCAGGACAUGCAUGAAGUUGUGCGAAAGCAUUGCAUGGACUAUCUGAUGAAGAAUGCUGACUACUUCUCCAACUAUGUCACAGAAGACUUCACCACCUAUAUCAAUCGGAAGAGGAAAAACAACUGCCAUGGGAACCACAUUGAGAUGCAGGCUAUGGCAGAGAUGUACAACCGUCCUGUGGAGGUGUAUCAAUAUAGCACAGAACCUAUCAACACAUUCCAUGGGAUCCAUCAAAAUGAAGAUGAACCCAUCCGUGUCAGCUACCACCGGAAUAUCCACUAUAAUUCAGUAGUGAAUCCUAACAAGGCCACUAUUGGUGUGGGGCUGGGCCUACCAUCCUUUAAACCAGGGUUUGCAGAGCAGUCCCUGAUGAAGAAUGCCAUAAAGACAUCAGAGGAAUCAUGGAUCGAACAACAAAUGUUGGAAGACAAGAAACGAGCCACAGACUGGGAGGCCACAAAUGAGGCCAUAGAGGAGCAGGUGGCUCGAGAAUCCUACCUGCAGUGGCUGAGGGAUCAGGAGAAACAGGCCCGCCAGGUCCGGGGACCCAGCCAGCCCCGGAAAGCCAGUGCCACAUGCAGUUCAGCCACAGCAGCCGCCUCCAGUGGCCUGGAGGAAUGGACUAGCCGGUCUCCACGGCAACGAAGUUCAGCCUCGUCACCUGAGCACCCCGAACUGCAUGCCGAACUAGGCAUUAAGCCCCCUUCCCCAGGCACUGUGUUAGCUCUUGCCAAACCUCCUUCACCCUGUGCACCAGGUACAAGCAGUCAGUUCUCGGCAGGGGCUGACCGGGCCACCUCUCCUCUUGUGUCCCUCUACCCUGCUCUGGAGUGCCGGGCCCUCAUCCAGCAGAUGUCCCCCUCUGCCUUUGCAGGUCUGAAUGAUUGGGAUGAUGAUGAGAUCCUAGCAUCGGUGCUGGCAGUGUCCCAACAGGAAUACCUAGACAGUAUGAAGAAAAACAAAGUGCACAGAGAGCCACCCCCAGACAAGAGUUGAUGGAGACCCAGGGACUGGACACCAUCCCUCAAGCCCCACUCCUGCCCUUUGAUGCCACCCAACCUUCUUUGGCUUUCUUCCCUCUUGGCUUCCUUCCUUGGUUUCCUCUUUUCCACUUCCCUCUGGCUGGCCCACCUGUGCGCUCCGUCCAUCUCAUCCCUGCCACCACCACACUGGGCUCUGCCAGCUGAUGUGCCCUAUUGCCCCUUGCACAGCACCAUCUCAGCAUUCCACCAGGGACUCUGGAAAGGGUGCCGAAGGUAGGCGCGAGGCACACAGAGACAGACCAUCUGGCAGCCAGGCAGCCCCAGAAGAGAGAGACACUCACACAAAGGAAGUCUUCUGUUCGCCCUUCCUUACACAUCAGAUAAACUUGUUACCCCUCCCCAAAAAGAAUGGCAGGAAAGGCGCGAGUGGGAAAUUCUCCUUCCUAGUACCCCAAGAAUCUGAGCCUUCAAUCUUAAAUUUUUCUUUAUUAAAAUGUACUUUUAUCUUACAAACAUUAUGAAAUGAAAAGCGAUGCCCAUGGCAACACUGGUUCUGAGGGUGGCAUCUCCAGUUUGGAGUUGGGCAAAGCUGGUCGUGGGGCAUGGUGGGCAGGCAAAGAGAUGGAUUUCUGCUGUCUUCUGGCCUCCAGCUCCUCGGAGGGGCCGAAGAUGGAGCCAGAGGAAGGCGGCGGGGUUGCAGGUGGCAGACUGGCUUUGGACAAUGAGACCCUGACCUUGCUGCAUUCCUAUUGCUUCCACAACCACUAGUUUGUUUGCAAUCUUGAGGUGGGGGUCUCUCUGGAGACCAUGGCCACUACCCAAGGUUGGAGUUUAGGGAGUGGGAGCAGCCUCUGCACAUGGGGCACCCGUGCCCUGCAGGUGUUGACAAGAUCCACCAUCUGUAACGUCCUUGGCACAAUAAAACCAAAUGUCAGUUUCCCUGAGCAACUCUGUUCUGUGUGGGGCAGGGGUGGAUGGGCCUCUGGGAAGGACAGAGUUUGGUUUGACCUGAGGUCGACUUGUUCUCCAGUAGGUGCUGUCUGUAGCUGGGGUUCAUCUUUGAUCUGUUUAUUACGUUAACUUCUUGCCAGGUGCAGUCAGUGUAGGUAGAGCCCAGGCGGUUGAAACUAACCUGGGCCACAUAACCAAGAUUCUGGUUCUUAACAGAACCAGCAACAACCAAACUCUUGUAGAACCGGAUCACAACUUUGAUCCCAGUGCUGGGGAGGCAGAGGCAGGUGGAUCUAUGACUUUUGGGCCGGCCUGCUCUACAGAGUAGAGUUGCAGGCUUGCUGGGCUGCACAGUGAGACACUUUUCUCAGGAAUUAGAAACUUCUUCAGUAUCAAGUCUACUUUGUCUGAAGCCCCUACUCCCACGUACUAUAGUUCCAAAUGGGAGCCUAGGGCUAAUUAAGGACUGUUUGAACUAAAGGCCAUGACUGAAUUAUGUCUGCAUUUCCACUCUCAACCCUCAUAUUCAUUCUUAUGAUAAUCUGAUGGAGAAAUAAACAGUUAGCUAUGUGAGUUUAGUCAAAGUGACCAGAGGUGACCCCUGCCUGACUGGGUUUUAAGAGCUGGAGAAUGAAAUGGCUAAAUCCGUUUUUGUUGUUGUUUCCAAAUUCUUUUGACACCUCUGUCCAUCCCUCCUAAGGUUUGUAAAGCCCAGGUUGAGAAGGCUGGCUGACCCUCAGAUUUUCUCAAAACAGUAUUCCCCCCCCCCAUGCUUCAGUGGGGUCCCUGCAGAAGGCUGUGUGUGGUGGCCCCACAGGUGAGGGUGUGGUUUGCCCAGUGGGUGGCUGCAGGGAAUCUGAGGUACAUGGUCAAGCAUGAGCAUGCCAAGAGGGUUGAUUGCAAAUCUAUCUGCACUUUCUAGCUGUGUGGCUUUGGACUGUCUUUGAGUUUAAAGUGCCCCAUCUGCAACUACAGGGGCGAUUAAUGUCUGCUACCUCAUGCUCUCUGAUUUGUGAGUAUUGACAGAGAAUGUGUAUGGUCAAUAAUGUACUACUGGGAACAGUACCGGGUACAUUUGUAGAGCACAAAUGUUGGGGUUAUUACCGUAUUUUGUAAGUUUGUACCAUUUGGCCUCAGCCUGCCUCUUGCUACUUCUUGGCUUUUACUUGCACUUUGCCCGAACCCUGUCUUCAGCUACCAUCCUUAUUUGUCUUUUAAGACAAAGGGGUCACCUGAGAAAACCCCGUGUGAUCUCAUUCACGUUCUCACUUCUGUCUACAACUAUCCCCAAUAACUGUACUAGAAAUAAACUUCUGGGCUGGGGCUGUGAUGCUUA